GGCUGUCAUCAUUGCUCAGCUUUCUACGGCCAGCACGUUUUUCACUCUCCUCUCCUGGCUGCCAACUUUCUUUAAGGAAACUUUCCCCGAGGCAAAGGGUUGGGUGUUUAAUGUAGUCCCCUGGCUGGUCGCAAUUCCAACAAGCUUGUUCAGUGGAUUUCUGUCGGAUCAUUUAAUCAACCAGGGGUACAAAACCAUCACCAUUCGUAAGUUCAUGCAGGUCAUUGGCUCCGGCGUCUCAAGCAUUUUUGCUUUGUGUCUGGGCCAGACCUCCAGUUUUUGCAAAGCUAUGGUGUUCGCCUCAGCCUCUGUGGGACUUCAGACCUUUAACCACAGUGGCAUUUCAGUAAACGUACAGGAUCUGGCCCCCUCAUGCGCUGGCUUGCUCUUUGGUGUUGGGAACACAGGUGGAGCCCUCCUAGGGGUCAUUUGCGUGUACUUGGCUGGCUACCUGAUUGAAACGACAGGCUCCUGGAUUUCUGUUUUCAACCUGGUGGCGGCUGUGAACAGCGUUGGCCUCUGUGCAUUCCUUGUGUUUGGAGAGGCCCAGAGGGUGGACACAGACUCUGAAUAUAUGGACCUCUAA